UGACGCGACAGCAGCCGGCGUCGAGCAACCUGAGUGGCUGAGCCGGCUGCUGACAUCACGCAGCCCAGCCGUUGAUUUGGCGCUGUCUCCGAGGCUCCGGAGUGAGAGUCUCGACCAUGAGCGCCGAGCCACCGGAGCACAGACGGAGAUAGAGCUGCGCGCGGAGCGACGCAGGCGCUAGAGACGGAGGGGAGAGUGAGAGAGACAGUGAGAGAUAGACAGAGGGAGAGAAGUGCAGGGGAGCGGGAGCUGAACGGGGGGCUGUGUCAGGGACCGUUUCUCUGAGCAGCGACGUUGCCACCCAAUGCAGCCUCUGGUACUAUGGAAACUAAACCCCUGACCAAUGGAAAUAAUGGAGGCUACAAUGUGGCAGGUCACUAAGGGGCAUGAGAGGCUUGCCAGAGGCCGACGCCGUUGUGAGCUGGACCCAGCGCUGUUGAUGGGGACAUGGGCCUCCUCCUCAGGGCUUCCAGCACGCGCAACACGACAAGCCGCCACCUGGGUGACCAACGCACACGCCACCAGCACCACCACGACGACCACCACGGCAGCAGCCGAAGCAGCAGCAGCAGCAGCGCUCACAGGGACCCUGCGGGCUUCAGCCUCCUCUCUGGCGCCACGUCACCGCACGGCCCGCACCCAGCCCCAGCCGCAGCAGCACAGCCGGUCUCCAGCUCUUGGUAGACGCUCCAAGUAGCCUUCUCUCAUGAGGAUGUCUGAAACUGUCACUGUAAAAGAGACUCGCAACACUAUGAGAGGCCUGGAGACGGAGGAGAACCGCGCCGCGCCGGCCGUGGCUGUCGUCAUCGCCGCCGCCACCACCACCACCACCGCCGCCGCCGCCGCCUCCGCCAACGACGAGAACAUCCCCGACGGCGCCAACGUCAGCCCCACCAAGAGCGACGGCAGGGAGCCCCAGCCGCCGGCCGACGAGCCCGCGCCCACCUCGGAGGCUCCGCCCCAAGCCCAGGCUCCGGCUCCGCCCUUGUCCCAGCCGACGCCCCCCCUGCUCCCGCCUUCCCCCCAGCCCGGCAGGGACGCCAGCUGCAUCCCCGACAGGAACGACACUCAGCGGCAAACACCUGGACAGUCAGGAAAACGGGCCAAGUCUAACUCAAAGUUAAAGUUAGUUCGGAGCCUGGCUGUUUGCGAAGAGUCCUCCUCUCCCCCUUUUACCACUGAUCUGCCUGGAGAACACCAGGCUGAAAUUUCCAUCAAGCUGAGCCAAUCGUUAGACAAAGAGGAACCUCCGACCCCAACCAAGAAUGAGCAGGAGAAGGCCGGAGACAAGCAGGAGCGGCCCGAGAAGCUGACCAGGAAGCUGUUGUCUCGAGACUCGAGUCAGGAAUACACGGACUCCACAGGGAUUGAUCUCCACGAGUUCUUGGUGAACACGCUAAAAAACAACCCCAGGGACAGAAUGAUGCUGCUGAAGCUGGAACAGGACAUCCUCGACUUCAUCAGUAAUAACGAAAGCCAGAAGAGGAAGUUCCCUCCGAUGACCUCCUACCAUAGAAUGCUGUUGCACAGAGUCGCUGCGUACUUCGGCCUGGAUCACAAUGUCGAUCAGACCGGCAAAUCUGUCAUCAUCAACAAAACUAGCAAUACCAGAAUACCUGAUCAGAAGUUCUCGGAACACAUUAAAGAUGACAAGACGGAUGACUUCCAGAAACGCUACAUUCUCAAAAGGGACAACUCCAGCUCAGACAGGGAUGAAAACAUGAUGCGCAUGCGGCUGAAAGACGACCGAAGGAGCAAGUCCAUCGAGGAGCGUGAGGAGGAGUACCAGCGGGCAAGAGACAGGAUAUUCGCUCAAGAUGGUCAUGACGGCUUUGCACUCGAUAAAAGGAUACAAGAAGAUGACGUCUGCAACAGCACCCAGCAGAGACGCCAAGUAUUUAGGUUAAAGGACGGGCGCUCGGCCAACAGCCGCCAGAGCAGCUCGGAGAACGAGCCAAAGUACGGCGACCCGCGGCCGUGGAGCAGCACGGACUCGGACAGCUCCAACCGCAACCUCAGGCCGGCCAUGACCAAGGCCAGCAGCUUCAGCGGCAUCUCGGUGCUCAUGCGCGGGGACAGCUCCGCCAGCAGCAAGAGCAUGGGCCGCCUCUCCAAGACCGGUUCCGAGUCGUCUAGUAGCAUAGGCUCCUCUACGGGAUCGCUCUCCCGCUCCCAGCCGCCCUUCCCCGCCCCGCCGCCGCCGCCGCCGCCCAGCCAGCCGGCGGGCCACGGGGGGGCGGGGCCGGUGGCCUACCCGCUCCUCUGCACUAGUAGCUCCAUGUCGUACGAGGUGGGCCGGAGCGGAGCAGCGGCGGCGGCGGCCGUCGUGACUGCCCCGGCCCCGGCCCUGCCGCCUCCUCUGCCUCUUCCUCUGCCUCUUCCUCUUCCUUCUCUUCCUCCUCUUCCUCAACCGACGCAGCCACCGUCGCUACCGACCUCCACGACUAACACUACUAGCUACUAUUUGCUUCCGCUGGAAGCCGCAGGAAUACCCCCAGGCAGCAUCCUGGUCAACCCGCACACAGGCCAGCCCUUUGUCAACCCAGACGGCACGGCGGUGGUGUACAACCCUGGCCUGGCCUCCCAGCAGGGAAGGAGUCAGCAGUCCCACCCCCCUCUGUCCGCGCCGCCACCCCCCUCCGCCCAGCCCGGCCCCCACCAGCACCAGUCGGCCAACCACCUCCUCUCCCAGCCGGUCCGGUCCUUCCAGCCCUCCACUCAGCCUGUCCAGUACUCGACGGUCUCUUACACACCGCAGCUCCUCUCCGUCUCCCCUAACCAACCAUACACUGUGCAAGACAACCUGGGGCCCCAGUUCAGCCACAUGGGACUGGGCCGCCAGCCGUCGAGUGAGAGCCGGGAGGCACACACUGCCAUGUACCCCACCUCCGUGGUGCUCCAGGCCCCCCCGCAGCAGCAGCAGCAGCAGCCGCCGGCAGGCUACAUGGUGGCCCCGCCCCCAGGACAGUCUGUGGCGGGCCCCGCCUACUCCAACGCCGCCCCCCAAGCCGUCAACCAGCCCUCCAUGCAGCAGCAGCAGCAGCAGCAAGCGUACAUGCAACAACCCAUGCAGCAGAUGCCGGCCUGCUACUGUGCACCUGGACAGUACCCUCUUUCCAGCCAGCCGUACCGGCCGGUGGGCACGGUCCAGUACAGCGGCCCCCACAGCCAGACCAUCAACCCCUCCCAGCAGACAGGUUACCAAACUGUGAUGCCAAGCCAAGCGCAGAGCUACCCACAGAGUAUGAUGGCUGUACAACAGCCACAGGGUCAAAACAUGGUCAGCGGCCAGCACAGCAAUAUGGGAAAUCAGAUGCAAAGCAUGAUGGUCCAGUUUCCCAUGCAGUCUUAUCAGGUGUCCAUGCCCCAGGGGUCCCAGGCUGUGCCCCAGCAGUCCUACCAGCAGCCCAUCCUCAUCCCCAGCCAGUCCAACCAGGGCCCCAUGCCUGGCUCGGGUGUCCAGGUGUUCUACAGUGUUUUAACGCCCAGCCAACAGAACUCAAUGGGCUCCUCCGUGGGGUUCCUGCCCCCUCCCGGCUCGGAGCAGAUGCAGUUCCCGCGAGCCUCGUCGCCCUGCGCCCCCCAGCAGCAGCAGCACCCCACCCAGCAGUGCUCAGGUGUCCCCCCUCCCCCGGGCGGCGGCAUGGUGAUGAUGCAGCUGACGCUCCCCCACGGCCAGCAGCCCCGCCCCCACUCCCCCCCCCAGUGGAAGCACCACAAGUACUACAGUCUGGACCACCAGAGGAUGCCCAAGUCCGCGGAGCUUUCGUCCCUCGACACCUCGCAGAGCAGUCCCCAGCUGGGCAGCCCCGCCACCUCGCCCGCCCAGUCGCCCACGCCCACCCACCUGACCAAUGUGAAGAACCUCCGUCCUGGUCUGUCCUCCGCCCCGCUUAUGCCACAGUUCUCCCGACCCUUCCUGCCCGGCCACGGUGACACGCGGUACCCGCUGCUCGGGCAGCCCCUCCAGUACAACCCACAGAUCCGUCCCCCCCUCCUCCACGCGCCCCCGAUGAUGCCCGGCCACCAGGUACCAAUGGGAAUGAGACAUGGCGGUGGGCGCGGGAGGAAGCCGCCAAGGAAAGCUCUGUCCACCGAUCUCAGUUGAGCCGGCGCGUCCUGGAGGUGACCGAGCUGCCGCGAACACCAGGUGGGUGCCGGAGCGAGGGGGACCCCCAGGACCCCCUAGGCCCCGCCCAUCGCCACCACCACCACCGCCACCGCCACCACCACCGCCACCACCAGGAAUGUCGGCAAAGGGGCCGGUGGUGACCAACAUAAAUCCACCCCUCACGUCUCCCGCAAGUCCCCCGCACUCAGACUCGCUACGAGCAGGGCUCCUGGCCCAGCUGUCGUCGGUCCGGGGUGGACCGGCCCCCAAACACGGGGGGGCGCUGUGGUGGUGGUUGUUGUUGUUGUUGUUGUUGCAGCGGAACGGCAGCGACCAUCAACAGACCUCUGGCUUUAAAAACAAACAAACAAACAAACCUUUUUAAGGACAGUCGCGCCCCCUCCCCCUCCCGCCACCCCUCGGCCCAUGUCGCGCCCCCCACCGGUAGCCCGGCUCCGCGGUGGUCCUCCCAGCAUCCCUUGCGCUCCUCGUUGGUUUGUCGUAGGACGGGUUUGUUUUUACACUUGAUUUGUAGACUCUUUUUUGGGGAAUGUUAUGUCUUUGUAGAUCUGCGCAAAAAUUGGUGGACAUGAAAAACACAGCUGAAAAUGCACCAAUAUUCUGUUCCCCGUGCCCCUGCCUCAGCCCCCCAAAAACCCCAAAACAUGCCGUUAAUAUAUUUCUAAUUGAAAUCGCUUUCUGCCCUUGUCGAAGAAAGUAAUCGAACAUAUCAAAAGGCAAGUCUGGUUUUAUUUCCCCCUCUCCUUUUUUUUUCCUUUUUAAAAAUUGUUUUUGUUGCUUUAUAAAAUUAUAUUUUUGAAUUUGAGCUGAUGCUCGGUUCAAUGGCGGUGCCUGUGAAACGCCCGUCCUGUUCUGGAGUGUCUCUGCUGCCUCUCUUACACUCUGCUCUCGCUCUCUCUCUAAGCUAAGCUCCACCAAAGCCUUCCCAUCUCCCCAAGCCCAAACCCACAGGUGUGUGUGGGGAAGGGGGCAGGGUAUCCAAGUAUGACCCUCACUCAUACAUCACAAUAACGCCCAGACUCUUGUGGUCAGAACAACGCCACACACACACACACACACACACACACACACACACACACACACACACACACACACACACACACACACACACACACACACACACACACACACACACACACACACACACACACACACACACACACACACACACACCCCCCCUCUGCUACACAAUGGGUCUACUGUCGUGCCUUCUUUCCCGAGUCUACUGCUUUACUCUCCACAUAGACACACACGCAAAGGAAGACACCUGUCUGUGUAUGUAAAAGACCCGUUUAUUGUAAAUAAUUUAUAUAGUAGCUGAAGAAUCCAAUCACAGGCAACAUUAUACGUGUUGGUCACAGGCACAGGUGAGAAUGACGAUGGCUUUUUGGUUUUCUUCCUUGCCCUGGUUUUUAAUUUAAUUAAACAAAGUUCAACACAUAGGGAAAGAAAACACUCCACCACCCAAUGUUUUAUCUUGGCAAACCUCCGCUUUCAAAACUUUCCCAUCCACCUAUCUCGUCUUUCCCCAGUACAAGGCCAAUAGUGUCAAAUCUGUCAUCAGAAGGUCUUGCAUUAAACCUACUGGGUCACUGGAAAAUAAAAACAUUUGCACAUUUAUACAACAGAAUAUCUAUAUAUCUAUAUAUAUAUUUAUCUAUAGCUAUGUAUAGCUAUAGAUGUCUAUAAAUAUAGAUAUCUCACUUUCUUUUGUUCAUUUUGUUUCGCUCAAAGAAAAUGUGGAUUCUGAAAGGCUCUUCAAUGCUGGUGCAAGUCAUUUUUAUUUCAGUUUGAAAACCAAUAAAUGUUUACACCAAAUUAUGUGUUUUUUCCCAGACCAGGAAGGCCUUUCCAAAAGUCUCUCGCGAGAGUUCCAGCUAUAUUUGUCAAAAUCAAGUGCAAAGUUUUCUGUUUGAUGUUUAUCUGCGAUUAAAAUGUAUUUUCAUCAACACAACGAAA